UAUCUGUCUCUUGAGCGCGGUCCCGACUCUAUGUGUCCGCGUGUCCGGCACUGAUUAGUGGCUCUCCCUUAUCGCCACCAUACAUAUAAGUAUGCUCUCCGCAAAGCCAACUUCUUGGGGCUACCUUUGGAAAUAUGCUGACGAAGGCAGGAGGCAAACCGAAAAGCGCAGCAAAAAUCAACUAUGAGGCAUAUCUGAGAAUAAUGAAAUAUAAGCGAAUGAUUACACACGAGUGGCAGUUUACUUUCGUAUUGAUUUUAAUAUAAAUUUUAGUGAGUGCUCGCUCAGUCCUACCGAGCAGCGCACCCGGAGCACACGCGAACCGCUAAGGCGACCGCCCCCGUAAACACAGCCCAUUAACUAGAACCGAAAAGCGCAAGAUUAGAUCAUGGCCGAGGACCCGGUGAACCAGCAGGCAUUCGCUGAAGACGUGGCAGCCGCCGCCGCUGCCGGAGGAGCCGGGGGUUUUGCCGGCCCAGAGCCCGGACAUCCCGACUUCAAGAUGCCCAGUGCCGACGAGAUCUGGAAGAUGGUGGAGGGCAUGGAGGGAAUUUCGGAUGACGAACGGGCGGAACUGCGGGAGAGCAUCUUCAACCCGAAGCCGCCGUCGCCGGAGGACUUUAUGCGCCAGUACGGACACCCGGGCCACAGUUCGCGGGAAUACCUGGUGUUCUUCGUGAUGCUGGCCCUCAUACUGAUUGUCUUUGCUCUCUUCGGCUACAAGUUGUACAAAUCCCUGACGGAGAAGGAGCUCAGGAAGCAGGAGAAGCUCAAGAGCAAGCAGCAGAAGAAGGCCAAGAAAGCCAACUGAAGGAGGAGCAGAUGCGACGACGAUGAGGAGGAGAUGUCCCCAACGUAGUUCUUUCCGGCCCUGAGACCUUCCAUCCUGUUAAUCAAUACAAUCGCCCUGUAAAUGACUAAAUCAUACACCAGUAAACGUAAUAAAAUAAACAGUAACCCGUAACUCUCUUAAA